AGCCGGGUCCUCCAGGUUUUGCGGAAAAACGCCCAAGGCAUCGAUAAGUUCCGGCGACCCCUUGGGUCCAGAGCAUCAAGUCCCCCGUUAGUUUACAACACGGCAAACCCGAUGAAUUUAAUAGCGGAAUUUCCCGAUGUAAUCUCAGCGGUCACGAAGGUUUUUGAAGUGAGCAAGUGGAGUCUACAUGUUAACCAACAAACAUUGGAUAUCAUUGUGUAUAUGAAAUGUAUAGAAAUGUUGGAGCACGCAAAUUUAAUUUGGACCGCAGAUUGCGUCACUUUUAGAAUUUGGCUCGAGUAUGGAAUAUUUCACAAGGAUACUGGUUAUUGCAGCACAAGGGCACUCACGAGUGACUUAUCGAUACUUGAUGUCAAAAUUGGUUCUGCUGUAAAUGCCUUGAAGAGAGUACUCUUGUCGUUUGGAGAAGAAAUCGACAUAGAGCUGCGACGACGUAGGCCAUUUAAACAAGGCAAUGACCAGCAUACGGUGACACAGACCGUGGCAAGGUAUACUUUAAAAGAAGAAAAUAUUUAAGAAAAUAAAUGUGAAGUCGAAUGAUUUUACGUGUUUACGUGAUCAACAUUGAGAGGAGACGUUUAAAAAACCAUUGAUUUCAACGACGGCAACGCCAAAUUUAGACAGUCUAUCACAGCAAGAGCCAAUGAUAUUACACUACAUGUGUGACUUUAUUCCCACCUAAUUCGUUUUCGCAUCUGUCACAAGCAUAAUUUUUGUCUACAACGUACACCGACGAUUUUAUCGCUGAUGAAAUGUAUUAUGUCUAAGGAAAGAUUAAUGUGUUGCACACAACGUCAGUUUCACGUAACAUUUAUGAAAACGACCUUUCUUUCCAUUUCAACGUGCGAGACAUAAAUUUACGCAUCAACAGCUUUUGAUACAAAAUAUCGCGAGCGUGCCCGUGUCAAA